CUCCUUUCUGUUGGUCACAUCACCCAGGCAGGCUAUUCCCUUGAUUUCAAGGACGAGGAGUGCUGCAUCUUCAACAAGAAGCAUCACCAAAUCGGAUCAAUACCUCAUGUCAAUGGGCUAUACAGACUCCGUGUACUGGUUCCCCAUCCAGAAGCCUAUCACAUUGAUGAUGGACCACAUAUUGUGACAUCAGAUGAAUUGCAUUGUCUGAUAGGUCAUCUUCCAGUCAAUGCAGCAAAGAAGCUUGUCAAGGAUCAAUUAGUUGAUGGUCUAGAACUUGAUGAAGAAAGCCCUACCUCGAAGGAUCAAUGCCCAUCAUGUCUACAUGAUAGAAUGACAUGGAAAGCAGUAUCCAAGUCUAGAGAAAAUGACGUAUCAGGGAGAGUAGGUGAUCAAGUUCACAGUGAUGUGUGGGGACCAGCAACCAUUGAGACACCCCAGCACAAGAAAUAUUAUGUCACAUUCACAGAUGAU